CGCGAAGGCUGUCAGAGCUGGUGAGUGGCCAGGCGGAGCUGCCAUGGAGCAACACCGCUGGCUUCCGCUGGAGGCCAACCCCGAGGUCACCAACCAGUUUCUCAAACAAUUAGGUCUGCAUCCUAAAUGGCAAUUUGUUGAUGUAUAUGGAAUGGAUCCUGAACUCCUUAGCAUGGUACCAAGACCAGUGUGUGCAGUAUUACUUCUCUUCCCUAUUACAGAAAAGUAUGAAGUAUUCAGAACAGAAGAGGAGGAAAAAAUAAAAUCUCAGGGACAAGAUGUUAAAUCGUCAGUAUAUUUCAUGAAGCAAACAAUCAGCAAUGCCUGUGGAACAAUUGGACUGAUCCACGCUAUUGCCAACAAUAAAGACAAGAUGCAUUUUGAAUCUGGAUCAACCUUGAAGAAAUUCCUAGAGGAGUCUGUGUCAAUGAGCCCUGAAGAACGAGCCAGAUACCUGGAGAACUAUGACGCUAUUCAAGUUACUCAGGAGACCAGUGCCCAUGAAGGUCAGACUGAGGCACCAAAUAUAGAUGAAAAAGUAGACCUUCAUUUUAUUGCAUUAGUUCAUGUAGCUAGGCAUCUCUAUGAAUUAGAUGGACGGAAACCAUUUCCAAUUAACCAUGGUGAAACUAGUGAUGAAACCUGGGACACUGGGUUCUCUAGGAGCAGCCCCAGGCUUAAUGAUUGUCCAGAAGGUGGCUAUAAAGAGAGCCUGGGAGUCUAG